GGAAGCCUAUACUUAUCUGCUUGUAACGCUAAAUCUGACGCUUGCAUUAGUAGUAAUGUUUUUCAACUGUCUCUGCUGCAAAAAGCGAACUCCAAAAAAUGAUCUUCUCGGACUGGAGGGCAUGGUCAAGCUGCACCCUGAAGAGCUGACUGUGUGCAACAAUGCGAAUGCAACAAAUGCCAACAACAGUCUGGUGCGUAACAGUGAGUCACAGGCGGAGCUUAAUGCAUCUACGGUCUCAAAUGCUGAUUCAGAAAAGCGAUCAAGCACAGCAGCGCAUCGCAGCUUGCCGGACAUACCCGUUGCGGAAAGCAAUGAUAAUGGUUCGGAAUUGUAUGAGACUGUGGCUGACAAGCAGCUAGCCAAUGCGCAUAAUCAAAGUCCACAACCUAGCCUUAAAAAGCAGACGAGCGUUUCACAGCACAGCUCUAUAAGUCAGGCAGACGAUGUUAGUUCACCGUAUUCACGUGUCAAGGGCUUACCACACGAUUAUGCCAAAGUGCGUGCCACUGAGCAUCCCUAUGCACAACUAAAUGCGCCGUCCACAUCCAGUUCAGCAGCUGCUGCGGCUGCUGCAGUGACAGCUACAACCAGCGCCAAGGCAGCCAGCUUACAACAUAACGCUGAGCCUGCGCAGUCAGUGAAUGAAACGCACACAACGCAGGAAAUACCUGCAGCCUCAGCCAUAGCAGGAAUGAUAUCGGCCAGUCAGGAUUUGCCGUAUAUGACGCCACCGCCACCUAUAGCCAAUCAGCAUUUCAGCGGCGACUCACAAGACUCUUCAAAGGGUUAUACAAGCAUCAGUGUACGUGAACCUUUGGCCAAUAUAUUAGCUCAACAGCCCACAAGCAAACUCACAGCUAGAACUGCAACGCUGACGCGUGAUGUCAACGACUCACACUAUGCCACAGUUUCAGAUGAUUCAGAUGAGACUUACGCGGCUAUAGAGGAUCCCAAUAACCGCCACAUGCAAAAUGCUGCUGAUAUUUACACAAGCGGAUCUGAAACAUACGCACAAAUACAGCCAAUGCAGUCUAAUCCUAUUGUUGUAUCCGUGGAGAUAAACAAUAGCAGCAGUUUGACAGCAGGAGGUGCUACAGCCGCUGGCAGCGCAGCUCUUCGUGCGAGCAACAGUAGCACCGGUAAUAUGGAGCACAUGCCCGUGCCACCGCCAGUAGAUAGCUUGCGCGCACAGAUGCACUCGCGACAGGCUUCCUCAUCGUCCUCAGUGUGUAAUUUAGGCUCGCCAAAACCGGAAAAACGUCAGGCGAAUUCUCCAUUGCCGCCCACGCCCAAGGCGAGCUUAAGUCAGGCGCAGCAUCAUCUGCAUGCGGCCACAAGUAGCAGCAAUCUGGCAUCUGGUCGCAGCUCUAUUAUAUCCAUAGUUGAAGCAGGUGGCGAUGGCCACGACUCCAAUGAGGCUAGCGAGUCAUCACCACAGCGUAAGCACAGUAAAAGCUUGAGUCCAUCCAAGGAUAUUGAGGGCAAUCGCAAUUUAGAGGGCAUGUACGCAAAGGUGAUGAAAAAACACAAGUUCUCGACUCAUCAGCCAGAACUAGGUAUUAGUCCGCUGGAUAACGCAGCGGCAGCGCUGCUUAUGAACUCACAGCAACAGCUAACAACGCCAGCAACGGAGAAGAGUCGUUCCCGCAGCAAUAGUUAUACGGCCAAAGAUCAUGGCUAUGAGACUAUACCGGCCAAUGGACAAACACAAACGCAAAACCAAAUGCCACAUGAGAACCGCAAAUCAGAUUGCUAUGCGGCGAACAUGUUGCAAAAGGAACGACAAAAGGAUGCAGCUGCUGGCACAACACUCGCACACAAUAGCAGCCAGAGCAGCCUACAGCUUAAACCCACCACGCCCACCAAUAACAGCAGCAGCACAAAGCACUAUGAGACUAUAAAAAGCCCGCCGCAUCAGUCGAACAACGAUCCUGGCUACGAGCAACUGCAAGCGCAGGCACCCAACGAUGAUGAUGCCAAAAAGUCCGAUUAUGAUCCCAACUAUGAGGUGCUCAAGAGUCGUGCACAUUCGGAUGAUGGCUAUGCCAAGGUGCUGGAAAAGAAACGUCCAACUGGAGAUGCUGUAGAUGGUGGCUACAGCACUAUACCAGGUGCUGAUGCCAAUCACAAUUAUGCCAGCAUAUUGGAAACUAAAGCUGCAGCGAUAGCAGCAACAACUACAAGUGAAUCAGAUCAUUAUGCAUCCAUUGGCGAACAUGUGAGCACUUCCCCACUGCGACAGCACUUGGCUUUGCUGGAGAAAGUCACACAAGAAAUGCCUGAGCUGCCAAAAGAUAUGCUAAAGCUAAAUUUUUUAUCGGAUCAGCUGGAUAAGCCCACCAUGCCGCGAGAAAAACGCAACGAAUUGUGGCAGGAGCACAUGAAGCUGCAGCAAACUCAACUGCUGCAGGAAAAUACAAGCGCUGAACAUAUGGCCUACUGGUUGGAGCAUAUGCAGCAUAUAAGCAAGUUACUAGAGGCUGAGUUGCAUGCAACACCACUGCCCAGUAGUCUAUCCAUGAUAACAGUGACCAGCACCACUAUUAGCUCACAACUGACACCACUGGGCUCCCAAUAUGAAUCGCUAACAGGCACGGGCAGUGAAACAGAUCCCAACUAUGAGUCGGUUUGUUAUUUAAGUGCCAGCACAACAACUAUCACAACAACAGCAGCGACAACAAGCAGCAAUAGUAACAGCAACAGCAACAGCAACAGUAGCAAUAGCAACUCAGAGAAUGCUUAUGAGCGUCUGGAGUCUGGCAACAAUACACAGGCCAGUAGUCCACUUAGCUCUGAUGUGCCUACGCCCAGUGAGCAGCUCGUAGUGGACGAUUACUUUCAAGUGUAGCUGUAAUUGUAGUUAUAACUCUUUAUGCAUUGAGCUGGAUCUCGUUGAACUUUUAUAGAAAUCUCUCAACAGUUUUGCUUAGCAAUAACGCAUUCUUUACUUGCAACGCACAUAUCAUUGGACGCACAGCGCUCAGCAAUUUCUUGAUUAAAGUUCAUAGACCCCCACACUUAAUGCUCUCUGGCUAGCCUUAGCUUUAAGUUUAUAAUUACCAACACACAACAACAAAAAAACACAAUUUUUAUGUACAAAAUAUUUGUAUGUUUAAUGCAACAAUUACGUGACUUUUUAGCUCUGAUAUGUAUUAUCAGUUAAUGCAAGUCUAAAGAUUCCAGUGCGUCCUAGUUUUUGUUUUAAUUGAUAAGCUUUUGCAUUAUUUAUAGCAUUGAGAUAUUAAAACAAAAUGU